UUCUUCUUAAUUUCUACCCCUCUCUUUCUCUCUCUCUCUCUCUCUCUAUUACUAAAUACAGAAAAACUGUAUUGAACACAAAUUAUUUUAUUCGAACAGAUCUGAAACUGGUCACAAGCGCAAACAUCGAGCGAAUUCAUUCUGUACGAUAGGAUAAAAAUGAUGUCGACCGCGCUUAAAAAUUUUAGAUACAUAUUGAACAUGAACGCGAGUUCGGAAACUGGUGAUCAUCUCGGAAAGAUCUACAAUUGGAUCGACGGCAUCAAGUUUUCCAGGCCUAAAAGAAACAUAGCCAGAGACUUCUCCGAUGGUGUAUUGAUGGCGGAAUUACUGAAACGCUAUUAUCCUAAACACGUGGAUGUGCACAAUUACAUCACCGGGAACAGUGUUUCAAAGAAGAUUGACAAUUGGUGCAUGUUAAAUCGCAAGGUACUGUCGAAGAUAGACAUGAAAUUGGGAAAAGAAGUGAUCAAUCAACUAGCAAGUUCUCAACCGGGUAUUAUCGAGAAAGUUCUUUCUGACUUGCGAGUUAAAAUCCUAAAAGACAGCAACAUUGACAGAGAAUCCUUAUAUCUUUGCCACGAAGAGUGCAAAGAAGCAGUCAAGUCUACACUAAAUCCUGACGAGACAACAAACAAAACUGUCCCUCAAUAUCUUUUCAUCCGUUUAAAGCGAGAAUUACAAGAAAAAAGUAAUAUAAUCUCUAUAUUACAACAGAGGAUCUCACACUUGGAAAGUAUAAUGAAGUUAAAAGACCAGAGAAUUGACGAUCUCACGGCACAGAUCACAAAACAUUAAUCAAACAAUCCCUUGUAUCUCGUGCUAUCGACUAGAAUCAUA